AUGGUUAAUGCCCGGCGGAAGGCAUUGAAAGAAGAGGGUAAAGAGGAAGAAGAGAAGUUCCAGCCUGCCACUGCGGAGAAAGUCGUCAAGCUUAAAUGGUCAUCGCCCCUGACAAAUGCCCGACGAUAUCACUUUUGCUAUGCAGGGACUAGAUUCUUCUGGGAGGGUACAAGAGACCUUCACGUGAAUGAGAAAUGGUCGAGGAGGCUGAUGCCUCUGAACCAUUUGAAGUUGGUUGUAGAGCUUCCAGGAAGAGAAAGACUGUUUUUGGCUCAUUUUUCCUCGGAUUUCUCGUCAAAGAAGUUUGGAAAGUUGUGGGUUGUCGACUCGUCAGUUACGAAGGUGCUUGAGAUGGUCGAGGUUCACCGGGGGCUAGAUGGCUCUGAUCCCAAAGUGAGCUUCAAGUCACAAUCAGAGUCAACAAACUUACGGGAGUCCCGACUUCGAGUGAAUGAGAUUAUCAUAGCUACUGCCAUGUGCAUGGUCAUUGGGGAGUGGCAGAAGCGCUUGACACUUUGGUUCAUUAUCAUGCUCAUUGCUGAGUCAGGGAAGUGUGCGAAUAUGGCAGGUGCUGGGGGAGGUGGCUCUUAA